AUGGCUAUAUGUAAUAGCCAGUCGUCGGGACCGCCAAUAAGAAGUCCGAAAAGACCCGAGUUAGAUGUAUCCAAUGAUUACAUGGAUAACAAGAUGGGUGAGAAUAAACAAAAAGAUGGUGCUUACGCAGAGAAAUGGAAAGACAGGAUAGGAAAAGUGAUUUAUAUGAUAAAAAUUUUUUGGAAUAAUCAUUGGUUGAUUCCAGAAGAAAAGACGUUUCUCAGAAGUGUGAAGAAACCUCGUGGUGUGAUACUGGUUUUCGAAGUUCUAUAG